AAAAAGAAGGGGCGUACACAUUUCAUUCCGAAAAGUUCACCAGUGUUAACGCAAAGUUUACACUUUUGUUCCCUCACGUCUGUAGUUUCAAUUGGAGAUAUUUACUUACCAAAAGAAACUGCAUGAAUUGUGCAAAAACGGGCUGAUUUCACCCCCCCGCUGUCAAAUUUUCCAGUAUUUACGAUGGGGUGUUGGCUUUAAACCGAUAAGACCUGAACGCAACGUGAAGGUCAACAAAUGUGGCUAACGAUUAGCUAACUGCAGCUUAUCCACUGUUGCUCGUGGAAAGCCGUGGAUGAAUGAUGGCGUCAUUUGGCUGGAAGAGGAAAGUUGGGGAGAAGGUGUCCAAGUCAGCGGUGCAGCAGUUUGAGGCAGAAGCGGAGAAAGCUGUGGAUGAUGGGCCAAGUCAGGACCCCGAGGUGGAUUGGCUGCACGCUAUCAAACGACGGCGGGAGAUCCUGCUGGAGGACUGUGCUGCCAAGAGCAAGAGACUGGAGGAGGAGGGUGCCCUGCUGGCUGAGCAUGGCAGGCACUGGGAGGCCAUCAAGAAGUGGGAUGAGGCCAUUCAGUUGACUCCAGACAACCCACUACUGUAUGAAAUGAAGUCCCAGGUGCUGACCGUUCUGCAGGAAGUCUUUCCAGCUGUGAAGGCAGCAGAGAUGGCAGUGAAGUUCCGGCCAUUGUGGUGGGAGGGCUGGCAGACCUUGGGUCGGGCUCAGCUCAACUUGGGAGAGGUGGACCUAGCUGUGAGGUCAUUCCAGAUUGCCAUCCACCAGUGCCCAUCAGAGCGCACCCUGUGGCAGGAAGACCUUACCUGGGCUUGGAGGUUACAGAAGCAGCAAACAGCAACCAAGGAGAAGAUUCGACAAGAGGAGGAGACUAAAAAAGAGAUCCUUAAUGCCCCUGAGCUCAAUCAGGACUAUGAUUUUGAGUCUGACGAAGUGCUAGCUGCUUGUGUGGCCGUCGCUGAGCGACAGACACGGUAUGAGGAGCUAAAGAGGACCGCUGUAAUCAUAGAUGCUGAGGGGAAUGUAAAAAAUGUACUCACAGGGGAGGAGGGAUCAGAGGACUCAGCCACACCAUCAAAGGAAGAGUUUGUCAAAGCAAGAGGACUUUGAAGAGAAUAUAAAUGACUUUCAAGGUUCCGCUUUUGUUUGUCUUUUUUGUACAUAUUAACAUUCACAAGAAUUGUGAAUGUUAAUAUGUACAAAUUAAGACAGUUGAGUUUUACCCAUGUGUGUCUGAAUCCCAUUCAUGUAAAUAGUAGUAAAUGUGCAUGUGAUAAUUAAGUUGUAACAUAAUGUGGUUUCAGACAACAGUAAAAACAGGCUGAGGGUCAGAUUUCAAUCUGUGAAGGUCCGUUCAUUAAUUACUGAGGAUUCAUCCUGAUAUUUGUAGAAAUAUAAACUUUAUUUGCUUCUAGUUGUGUUUCAAAAUAAUGUGGACACGUAAAUUGAGAGACUUUAACUUCCCUGAUUUACAUGAAAAUUACAACAUUUGCUUGUUAAAAUCUACAGCCACAAUCUUUAUGUGCGAUUGUAAAGUACAGAGAAAAUUCACGAGACUUGUGGUUACAUUUUACUCUUGUGAAUAUGAUUGUUUGUGAAAUAGGAUGUGGAUUAAAACACGAUUUAUGCUCAGCAAAUUGUCAGUGAGUAAAUAAACAAUGAAAAAAAUGUCA